UGCUAAGUCGAUGAAUCUAGAUAUAAUACAUUUAUAUCCAGCACUCAUAAAAAUGACAAAGUUACAUAGAAUCUUCAAUUGUAUACAUUUUGUUGGAAUUAAAUUAAUGCAGAAGUGUGUUUGAGAAGAAAGAUUCAUGUCAUAUAAUGCGGGUAUAAACCAUUGGAAUCACUAGGAGCGACAUCCAUAAAGGAACAAUUUAAGAAAGCGCCAAAAAUGGCAACUGUACAGCCAUCACAAAACCGGGUUCAUCUUUUUCGCCUUCAAACUCUUAUCAUAGAUGGAGGCACUACAGUCGUAAGGAAUAUAAUCGACCAGAAGAGCUCCAAUGUUCCUCUUAAUGUGCUUCUUCAUCAGGAGAAGACUUCAGUAAACACUCUGAGGGCCAGUAAAGUAAUAACGCUGGCACAGUACAAGUUACUGUAUCCAAAAGGUGGUAAUCCUCCUUCUAUCUCAGACAUUGACUUAACUCUUGCGACAUGCCUGCUGAGGAGCCUGAACUGUUUUGGGCUAAACACUACAUUUAACUGGAGUGCAACACCACAGCAAACUGACACCUCUGUUGAGGCAGAUUUAUGCCGUCUUCGAAAUAUACGAAAUGAGAUAGCGCAUAUAGCGUGUACUACUGGAAUAACUCAGGCAACAUUUCAGAGCAAAUGGAUCGCCAUCGAACAGGUACUUCUCAGACUUAAUAACUCUGUUCCAAAUCCAAUUCAUAACCUUCAACAAGAGAUUGACGGGUAUAAAAACAACCCUCUUGAUCCAGAGGCAGAGGACAAAAUACAAGAUGAAAUAGAUAAGUUGCAACAAAUGGAGAAAAACCUAGAAAUGGAAGUGCAGAUUGUAAAGAAAGAUACUGCAUAUGUUAAGAGAAAUGUUGAAGAAGUUAAGGAAAAUGUCGAGGAAGUUAAAGGAAAUGUUGAAGAAGUUAAGGAAAAUAUUGAAGAAGUUAAAGGAAAUGUUGAAGUAGUUAAGGGAAAUGUUGAAGGAGUUAAGGACAGUAUUGAAGUAGUAAAGGAAGAUAUUGCAGCUGCACAUAAAAAAAUUGAUGAAGAAUCGAAGAGGCGAAGGAAAACAGAUGUAUCAGUCAGUGUAGCAAUGGAACGGCCGAGCUUAUUUCAAAUAAUAUACGCGAAGAUACGUAUGCGCCGUAUGAAGAAAGACCUGAAAGAAGAUUUGAUACGUUUCUACAGGCAACAGUAUCAUAUCUUGCCUCUAUCACCUUUGAUAGAAGAUCAAGACACGCCUCUACUUAAGUUUUACGUCAUGCCGGACAUAAAUUCAGUGGAAAUCCAGAGUUCGUUUGGAGGUGGAAACGUAAUAAAGUCAGAGGUCACCUCUUUGCGUGAUGUGUUCUACAAGAAAAACAAAAAGUGUCAUGAAAUCUACCUUUCUGCAGAUGCUGGGUUCGGGAAAACUGCUUUUAGUAAGCGGCUCGUUUUGACGUGGUGUCAAGCCAAAAAGCGUAUCAAAAGUGAACAAAAAUGCUUUGAAGAGGACGAUAUUCGGGCAAUGUCAGAGUUCAAAUUUGUCUUCUUGUUGUCAUUACGCGACUGUGCUGAGGAAUGCGACAUUGAUGAGAUGAUCGUGAAACAAAUAAUUCCACGACUGGCAAACACUUCUGUAACUUUUAGCCACAUACAAACUAUUCUUUCUAAGGGGAAAUGCUUGUUAAUUCUUGACGGUUUAGACGAGUGGGUACACCCAACGUCUGCCUGUAAGCAAGGAACAAGUGACAUACCCCACAGGAAAGCAAGAGAAUGUACAAUCCUCACAACAACUAGACCGUGGAAGUUGAGUGUAAUCAGUCUCAGUUCGAGUCAAAUAGACCAAAAGUUGGAACUUGUCGGACUUAAUGCAACGUCUGCAGAAAAGUUAAAGAAAACUGUGAUCUCACUUCUGACUGGCGAAAAAGACAAAAAAAAACAUAUUCAGGACUUUAAUUCCACUAUCGAACAUAAAGGUAUUUCAGAUUUGGAAACUGUUCCGCUCCUACUAAUGUAUCUUUUGUGUUUAUGGUACGAUGAAGUAGAUCUAGGCAGAUCUAAAUGUGAGUUAUACUGUCAAAUUGUUGAAAUGCUCCUGAAACGAACGUGCAAAAAAUAUCCAGUCAUGCAACAGGCGAGCAAACCUCACCAAAGUGAUAUCCCACAAUGCUUCAUUGAACAUGUACAUUGCAAGAAAUACUACACACUUCUGAAAGCUUUAGGGCAAUUGGCAUUUGAAACGUUAUUCAGUGAUCAAAGUGAAAGCACGUUGGUAUUUAGUCAGUCUAUGACUGACCUAUAUUUAAACGCAGGUGAUCUAAAAUUAUGUCUACACUCCGGAAUAUUAACACAAAGUAAACAACAAAAAUUGACCAAAAAAAAAUUUAAAGUUUCGUUUUCCCACAAAACAGUACAGGAAUAUUUCUGUGCACUGUACAUAAGCUACCAAAAUGAAAGUGAUUUCCAAAAAUUCGUGUUACAAAGAUUCAACAGUACACAAAAUAUUCUUGAUAUGUCGAAAGUGUUUGUUUUCAUCAGUGGAAUGAAUGCAGAAAUCAUGUCUUCAAUAUCACACCGGUUAAUGUCUGUUAUCAGCAAAGAUCAAAUAACGAGAAGAUAUAGAUCUACGGCAGGUUACGAAUUCAAGAACCUUAAACCUCUGAAAGACAUACAAAACAUGUACAUUUCUUGUUUGAAAGAAAAUACGGGAAAUACUUCUCUUUGUCUCCAGGAUUUUAUCAUUGACAAGGAUUCUCAACAAGAAAAUUACCUCUCACAUUUAGAACUGUUAGCAAAACACAAUAAAAUUAAUUUGGAGUCAAUAUGUAUCAUAACAGGUGUUCCUAGUUUACGUGAAAUCAUUGACUGGUUCGAACUCCAUGACCUUGUCAGCGUCAAGAAAAUAUAUUACAAAGGAGAAUAUAAAGAAGCGGAAAUUAUUCGGUUGUUGACCAGCAAAUGUGUGGAAAGUGUAACUGUUUUUUCAGGUGCAUGGCAAGAUAAUAGAUUAUUACCAGAAUAUAGUCCUUGUUCCACUGAACUGUCUAAAACAUUUCAGAAUAUUUCUCAGAUGCGAGCAAUUGAAAUCGAUGGCUUUAAGAUGGAGCACGAUGUGCUGAAGGAGUUUCUCAAUUAUAUUAUAAACAGAAAAUCAAUGGCAGAGAUUAGACUGUCCAGAUUAUCCUGUGUCACACACGAUAUUUCCUGCGAAGAAAUUAACUUGGACUUUUCCCAGCAUUCAGAUCUAAGGGCGUUAGAAUUGAAAAUGAUACCUGUGUCACAAUUAAAAGUGAAUGUAUCGUCGUUAGAGGAAUGUGAUGUAGGAAGAUUGCCUAAACCCGGUCUGCUGACGUCAUUCCUGAGAGAACUUCCAGCAGCAAGUAAACUACACACAUUUAAAUGUUAUUAUAUAGAAUCUUCCGAUGAAAUUGAAAUAUUGCUGAAGACAUUACCAUUGUUAGUUCAACUGAAAUGCGUUUAUUUGUGUUUUAUCAACCUAGGUGAAAGAUCACUGUCACUGUCACCUGAAAUGGUAAAUUUAGAAAAUGUUUUCCUGCUUGAGGCAACACUAACUGGUUCAUCAUUACGUAAUCUAGUGAAUUUAGUGGAGAAACUUCCACAGUCAGUGAUGAUAAAAAUGCAUGAUUGUAAUAUAACACCGGAAACUGAAUUUGCAGACGUUAAAAAAUAUAUUAAAAAAUCAGAGAAUUUCGUAGUCGUGUUUGAUGGCAUCAAUGAAUUAGACACAUACACUUUUGUGUUUCAAACAAAUGAAGUUGAAAGUCGAGCACAACAAUUUAAUCAAUGAACUCAGACAGAUAGUGUAAAUAUUUUAUAAAUUUCAUCCAUUAAAACUUUGAUACAUAAAUACAUUAGACAGUGGCAUAUGACAAGUAGAUCUAUAUUUGUACAGAAUUAUAAAUAGGAGCGCGUGAAACAGACACAAAAAUCAAUAUUCUAAUUUAGAAGUUACAUUAGUUUUGUGCAUAGAUGGAGACAGAUGGAUUCGACGUUCUUUAAUAUAUGGACUUAUCACACAAACUCGCCUGUGUUCACUGGAUUGCCGCUGAGUACUUUUGCGUUGUAUGACAACAGAUGAAACAUAUUCGUCCCAAUCUAGAAUCAACUGUAAAGUAUAUACAUUUGUGAAGAGCAGUUGUGUGGACAGUCGUCACAGGAGGUGUGCUUCUGUUGGAUUCCGUCCCCACAAGAAGGCAGAUGACCCAUUCCUGUACCCAUCCAUCCCAGGGCGUAAGAAGUCAGACUACGACUUAGCAAAUUUACCGUUUUGGACAGUGUUAAUUCCAUUGUGUAUCACUUUUUGAAUAUUUGUGAGUUUGAAUAUUCAUACUGCUAAUAUGACCAGACCGCAGCACCUCAAAGAAUGAAUAUCAUACUGCUAUGAUGACCAGACCGCAGCACCUCACAGAAUGAAUAUCAUACUGCUAAGAUGACCAGUCCACUGCACCUCACAGAAUGAAAAACAUACUGCUAAGAUGACCAGCCCAUAGUACCUGACAGAAAUCACAGAAGAGUUACAACUGGAAUAUGGGUUACAUUUCACUGUGCAUGAUGUUGAUACUACCUGAGCCAUAGCCAGGCACACAGGGGCCUCCGUGGCCCAAAUGGUCAAGGCCACUGAGAUACAAUUCUCUGCUGUAUUCCCAGACACUACUUGAGCCAUAGAGCGUGAGAUACAAGCACUACAUGACGGAACUCCUGAAGGUCUCAGAGUCGUCACUUACCUGUUUGUAUCAUAAGUAUGUCAACUGUACAUAAAAAAACUUGGUAUUCCACUGGAAAAGAAGGGUCCAAACCUAUUAAGGCUGUAUUGAGUGAUGGUUAUUUGUAAGGUCCUUUUUGUUACUGUUACUUCACCAUGGCAACACAGGCAUGGCGUUUCUCAUCGACAAGUUUGCCUGAGCAACUAAGAGAGUACUUAAUAAUAUUACUGUAAAAACAGAAUCCUGAAACGGUCCCAAGAGAUAUGUAUUGUAAAUGUAGAUGGAUUCGCGAGGCUUGUGUGUGUACUGUUUUCAGCUUACAAAUAGCAAAAUACCAUAGCUUCACCAGAAAUGCUCGGGUUUACAGAACAAUAAUUUCAGUUACAAACUAGUAUCAUAUUAUGUAGAUUUUUAGUUGCUAAAGUAUUUACAUUAAAAUGCACACAUAGACUCAUUAUUAUUUAUUAUCUCUUUGUAAAUGGUUUCAGUUUUCCAUCGCCAAGUUUUUUUUUCUUGUAGAAUUUGUAAUUGCAAUAAACAGAAUAAGUUGUUUAAGUCAAGUUCUCAACUUAGUCGAAUUACAGAAUUGACGAAGAGGAGCAUAAGUGUACACACGUUUAUGUUUUAAGUAUAAGUUUCUAAUUUCAUUUAAAUUGUAGAAAUAUAUCGUACAAUUAACAGCUGGUAUAAGAAAAUGACCAGAGCAUCAAGGAAAUUGUACUAUUUGAUUACAGACUACGGAACAUAUCAUAAUCCAUCAGCACCCGGAGUCAAUUCUGGUUUCAGUUCUGGUUCAACAGAGUCGAACAUUCCAAAAAUAGUGGAGACAUUGGAUCUUCUCCGGUAUUGGUUAAAAUGGUAUUACAGCAUUGACCCUCAGGAAAACCUGCCCUUGUUAACAUGUUGAGAUCUUUCAACAAAGCUCAGACCACUGGCUAUAAGUUAGUACCUAGAUUCCAGCACCAGGGUAAGUUCGUAGGCCAUUGGCUUUACCACCAUACCACCACGAUCCCUUUUCAUCUGAAAGAAGUACCAGAUACUGAUUGUACCUUGAUACCUUGAUCUCUGAACAACGUAACAAUAACUUACCUUUUGCAAUCAACCAGUUCUACAUGACUAAUUGGAGAAGUCCUAUGAAAGUACUAUGCUUAUAAACUAUCGGCUGUAUAAACACGAUCCCAUAGUUGAGCAUAGGGUUGGAAGCAAGCAGAUAUUCAGUGUGCACAAGUCACGUUUUUUACUUCACAUCUGUACAAAGUGGAGCAUAUGAGCUAUCGUGAUCACUCUCGUAUGCGUUUUGCCGUCAACAGUUACAUGGAAUCGUGUCAGAUUGUUUGCUUUUAAGAAGUCAAUGUCAUAUUAGUAUUUAAAACUUGAACAAACUUUGAUAAAGAGCAUUGCAUGAAAAAGCAUAGAAACACUGCUGAGGUCACAUUUUCAACUUGGUGUACAUGAAAUCUGGUCGGAAUGUAUGACCUUAUGUAAUCUAUAUCUUGUUUACAACUAAAACAUAUUGGCUAAAAUCAUAGGUCGCUAGGAUAAUAUCAAAGAAAACAUGUUAACACAAGAAGGAAAAUUGAAAACUUUGUUAUUUGUUAACUCAGGUGAUCGAUACAGGAAAUUCACGGCCAUUUUUGUUUCGUGUUAUAACGAGCUUGUUUGAUCAUACAUAACAAUAUUGAAUGUACAAGUUAUACAUGUCAUGCAAUUGGCAUAUCUGUCAUAUACUGGCAAUAGUUUGUACAUGACAAUGAAUACUCAGGGAUAUUAGACUGUGAAUACUGUACAUAAAAUACAUUCUAUAUAAUUCUUUUUGACCAUACAUAAAUAUGACCAUAAAUACACAGAGAUUUUGGAUUCUGUUUGCUGUUAAUAAAAAGAAAAAAUACUUUCACACAUUUCAUUUUGUACAUACAUAAAUAUGACUAUAAAUACUCAGGGAUUUUAGAUUCUGUAUGCUGUACAUAAAUACCUUUCACGUAUUUCAUUUGUACAUACAUAGACAAUACUCAGGGAUUUUAUAUUCUGUUUGCUGUACAUUAACUACAUUUCACAUAUUUCAUUAUGAAACACAUAGAAACUACUCAGGGAAGUUAGAUUUUGUAUGCUGUACAUACAAUACGUUUCACAUAUUUCAUUUUAUACAUAGAUAGACAAUACAUUUUCAUAGUCACUGUAAAUUGAUGCCUAGUCUUUUGUUAUAUCAUUCAGGGAAUUCACAGUUUGUCAUAUUAUCACGACUUGAGGUUUUGAGAAAAAAGCGUGUUAACAGAACUGUAAAUAUGUGUUCCUUGUUUAGACUGUUAUUUGUUAAUUAGCUUUCAUUUUUGUACUUAGAUCUUUAUAUGUUUCACGUAUUGUUUUGUACAAUAAAAAGACAUUGCUGAAAUAGUUUGUCUAUACUACGUCAUGUAUAUAUAUUGCGUUUAGUAAGGAAAGUAAGAGAAUACAGAUUAUUAUAUUAUCAUGUAGUAGAUUGAGCCAUGUAGUAAGUGAUCUUAUCCCAAUGAUUUGAUAAAUAUGCACAGGUGUAUUUUGACAUUGCGUACAUAUUGAUAAAUUUUGCACUGAUCCUUGUCACCCUUCAGAUGAAGUAACAAUAUGAAUAAACACAUUUUAUUGUCUUUCAAAUGAAAUCACGAUAUUCUGGUUAGGGAUUACAUUAUGCAAAAUUGAACAAUGCACAGGCUAUGGUGUACAAUGCACAUUUUCCCUGUCUACUAUUUAAAUGAUGAAUUAUUUUUGUAGAUUUUAACUUCCAUCAAGGAAUUAUUCUCUUCUAAAUUUUGAUGUUGAAAAUUGUUAGUCCUCUACAUCUAUGCAUUCUUAUUUGUAAUAAAGUUUUGACCUUUUGUGUUUCAGGUACUUUUGUAGUUCAUAUGUACAUGAUUUGUAUAUAACAUGUUUCUUUUAUGUUCAAAUGUAUUGUAAGUUGUUAGUGCUUUCUAUGACAUAUGACGCCAUCGUGGACUAAUGAUUAAGCAUGCCGACUUCUGGUCACUUGUCUCUCACUUAUAAUCGUUCGAGACUGCAGAUAAGUGGUUCCACCCAGGUACCAGCCUAAGUGGUUCUACCCAGGUACCAGCCUAUGCAGGAAGUAAUGCCUAGAGGGCACUUGGUUCUUCACCAUCAUCAAAAGCUUGAAAGUCGCUAUAUGACAUGAUUGUGUUAAUUGAAAGCUAAUGAUAACACGUAGUACUCUCCAUAUAUCGUUGAUGCCUUCUGACAAGUUACCAAUUUCAAAAGAACUCGGAUUUGUUUAUACUUGGCAACCUUGUAAAUAUGUAUGUAAUCAUUACAUGUUUUUCGCUUAGGUUGUGAAUUAGAACGGAAACCAGUGUUUAAAGCUGUUUUCAGUAAUCAAUGUAAAUUUAAGUGCUUAUUUACUAUAGAAGUAACAAACGUUUUGUUUUGUUACACUUUUAUAUUAGGUAUAGUGCAGAUAAACGUAAACACAGAAUAACUGUGAUUCAGUAACAGAAAUGUUGCUUUCCAAUUUGAUAUUUAAAUCUGCAAUUUGCGUAACAAUAAAUUUAUUUGUUAUCUUAAUAUUUUCUGUUAGUACAUAAUUAUAUUCAAAUAUGCUUUCAUGUUAAACCAUACAUUAUAAAUUAUGUUUAUGUCAUUAUUUUAAAAACAAUAUUAUGUUGGAAAAUUCUAAUGCACAACCUGUUUAACGGACUUAGUGCACGUUAUUUAGUCCAAUCGCAGGAAAAGGGAAAUAACUGCAAAAUAUGGAGUAAAAUGUAAUGUGUUCUCAAUAUACGAUAAUCAUAGUAUUUACACUGUUAAAAACCUCAAGAGGCGUAGAAUAUUUUAUGUAAAGUUACAAGCAAAUCAACAUUUCCUGAGCAUAAACCUCUCUUAGUAAGAUUUCUUUCAUAAUAUAAUAUACAAUAUCACACUGUCUAAGUUAACAAUGAUGUUUUUCAUUUAUUGAUGCCAUGUUUACUCUUACGUAAAGGUCCUUUUGAAUGAAACAAGUCAAAAAUGAUGAUUUUGCUUCCCGCACGGAAGUAGGGAACGGGGAUAUAUUGAUAUCCGAAACGGGAAGUUUCCGCUAUUGUAUUAGACACAUAUCUUAGUAAAUUAAAACUUUCCAGGGAAGUAAUUCUUUUAUAACAAAAUCAUGUUAGUCUUCUAAACGACGUUUGCUCGUAACACGUUUCACUAUGUCCCUUUUCUAUAAAUUAACUAAAGAAUAUAGAUAGAUUGACAAUUAAUUUGAGCCCUUUUUGUCAUGUUAUACUAGGUUUAGAUUGGACAUAACAUUGCUAUAGCAUAAAUAUACAGUGAAACCUGUCUUUAAAGGUCAUGCUUGGAAAAGCGAAACAAUGGUAUGUACGUGCAGGUGGCCAUUAUUCACAGGUUAAAGUAAAUUUAUUCACAUGUUGAAAUAAAGUAGAAAUGUUAAAUUUGGCAACGAAACUUUCAAAUCUCUUUAUAGCCAGGUGAUUCCAGUUCACAGGGGAUCUUUGGCAAAGGUUUGACUGUACAUAAUUAUUUCAAUUAAGAUCAGGUAUUCACAUUUUAAUGUGUUUUUCUUUCUAAAUAAUCAUCACAUAUUUUGACCAUAUGUCAUUUCUCAUCUUAUCAGAGAUAAACUGUUUCCACACAAUAUUUUGAAGCCUUUUUAUAAAGUUUGACAUAAAAAAAUUAUUGAAUGUGUUGUUUUCAUAUUAAGCCCUUUUGUCUUUUUGACGUGUUAUAUUGUAGAUUAAGGCAUUUAUCAAAAUGAUAACAGAGACAGUUUGAUAGGUGUUCAAACAUUGUAUAUCUCUUUAAUGACGUUUUUAUAUCAAUACCUAUACAUGUAUACUGUAUCGAAAUCGCCAGUAUAAAACAGUGAAGCUGCAAAAAGUUAUUUUAGGAGAAAUCUUUGAACUAUUUUAAGAAUAACAUAUCUAAUCCGCACUACUUCAAUUUUCUCUGAAAUCGUUAUUCAAAAAAUGAUAGGCCAUUUUAGUAACUUAUGAGUAUGGAAUUUAUGAUAUUUGAUCACGUGCUCAUAUUUGUCGUUUCUGAUUGGAUAAUUGGAUGGGUAUCAAACAAGGAAGCAGGACACUUGUUACUCAGAAAAAAAAUUAACAAAAGGUUAAAUUUGGCAUUUUAUACUGGUGUUAACAGCUGUUUUGAUAAGGUGAACAAAGUCUUAAUGUUGUUUGAAUAGAAUAUCGAACUUCAUACAUCUUUAGUUUAAUGUUGCAUGAACUAAUUAUACUUAUGUUCAUGAAUCAUGUUUUCAUGAGCCAUAAGCCGUAAUUAUGCCUAAACAUAUUUAGUUGAAUGUUCCAUGAACUGAGUUUUCAUGAACCAGUUUCAUGAGCCAUGUUUUCGUGAACAAGGAACCAUGAUUUUGCUGAUUGAGAUUCCGUAGAAAUUCAUAUACAUGUACUGAUAUUUAUCUUGUUAAAUUCAAACGUAUGUUUGAGCUUACCAAAAUAUGUGAAAAACAUAUUUUACUUAUUGUAAAGUUAAUAAUGCAAAGGUAGUAUUGUACUAUUGAAAAUAUGUUGAAUUAAAAAGUAACAGUGAAAGUCA